AGCAUAGACAUAGUGGACGGUAAGGUGAAGCUAAUAUGCGGUGUGAUGUGGACACUGGUCCUCCACUACAGCAUAUCGAUGCCGAUGUGGGAGGGGGAGGACGAGUCGAUGUAUAAGGAGAAGGGCGGACCCACUCCUAAACAACGCCUCCUGAAGUGGAUCCAAAACAAGGUGCCGGAAGUGCCCAUCAAUAACUUCACCACAGACUGGAAUAAUGGCAAAGCUAUCGGCGCUCUCGUCGACGCCUGUGCUCCGGGAUUGUGUCCCGAUUGGGAGCGCUGGGACCCGAAGGAUGCCCUCAAAAACGCGACCGAAGCCAUGAAAAUAGCCGAACAGUUCCUGAGUGUCCCGCAACUGGUGGCGCCCGAGGAGCUCACCAAUCCCAAGGUGGAUGAGCUGUCCAUGAUGACGUACCUGGCUCAGUUCCCAAACGCCAAGUUGAAGGACAACGCCCCCACCCGCCCCCGACACAACCCGAAGCGAGUGCGGUGUUACGGACCGGGAGUACAGCCGACGGGCGUGAAUGUGGGCGCGAAGACCAGCUUCACAGUCGACUCGUUUAGCGCCGGACAGGGAGACGUCAAGGUCUUCCUACAGGACCCGAGUGGCAAACAGACACCUGUGGAGGUCAAGUUUAAUGACGACCCUGGUAAGACAUACACGUGCUCCUAUACAGCCAACCAGGAGGGCCCCCAUAAGGUGAUCGUCAAGUUCUCGGGGGUAGAGGUGCCGAAGUCUCCCUUCGAUGUGGAGGUGAAGGGCGUGGCGGGUGACCCCUCUAAGGUGAAGUGCGACGGCCCCGGCAUUAGGCCCACGGGACUCAAAGUGGGAACGCCUACAGAAUUCAACAUUGACACUCAUGAGGCCGGUGUGGGUCAGGUAGACGUGACGGUGAUCGACCCGAAAGGGAAGUCCAACUCUGUGCCCAUACGGGUGCGUCAGUUGGACGACGACCCGACAAAAUUCAAGUGCGAAUACGCGCCCCAAUUGGAGGGCCCCCACAAAGUGGAGGUGUCUUUCGCGGGCAAACCCGUACCCAACUCUCCCUUCAACGUGAAGGUGGCGCCGGCGUGUAAUGCCGAGAAAGUGCGAGCCUUGGGUCGGGGUCUACAGCCCACCGGCAUUCGGGUCAACGACAACGCAGAGUUCAAAGUGUUUACGGAGGGCGCGGGCGCCGGCACUCCGGAGGUGAAAGUGUUGGGACCGGACGGCCAGCCUAUCAAGUGUUCGCUGCGGAAACUGCCGGACGGCGUGACCUACGACUGCAGCUAUAAACCGUUGAAAGAGGGCCGGUAUGUGGUUGUCGUGAACUUCGCCGGACAGGAGAUAUUCCAGUCUCCCUAUGAGGUACAGGUAUCGCCCGUCAAGGAGUCUAAGAUCGUGGCGUACGGGCCCGGACUGAAGGGAGGUGUGGUCGGACACCCGGCCCGGUUCACUGUGGACACCAAUGGCGAGAUGGGAACGUUAGGUUUCUCGGUGGAGGGCCCCUCCUAUGCCAAGAUUGAGUGCCGCGAUAACGGCGACGGGUCGGCCGAAGUGGAGUACCACCCGUCGGCUCCGGGCGAGUACGCCGUUCACGUGACCUGCGAUGGAGAGGACAUACCCAACAGCCCAUACAUGCCGAUGAUUAUACCGAAGACCGACUACAAUCCCGACGCUGUCGUGGCGUCCGGACCCGGAUUGGAGCCCAAGGGUGUGGUGAUUGUGACCCCCACCGAGUUUACGGUCGACACCCGUAAGGCGGGUAAAGCGCCGUUAGACGUGUCGGUCAUGAAUAACGCCGACUAUAAGGAUCUGGACGUCAAACUGACCGACAAUAAGGACGGCACGUUUAAGGCACAGUAUAAGCCGGAUAAGUUGGGCAAACAUACGGUUCACGUCAACUAUGGCGGUGUAGCCGUCCCUAAGAGCCCCUUCCGGGUCAGUGUCGGUGGCGUUCCCGACGCGGCUAAGGUGAAAGUGUCAGGGCCAGGCGUGUCAAAGGGUGUUAAGCCAAAGCAGCCCACGUAUUACAUAGUGGACACCAGACAGGCAGGGGGUGGAGGACUGGCGACCACUGUUAAGGACGAAAAGGGAAAGGACGUACCCGUCCAGAUCACCGAUCACCAGGAUGGUCAGUACACCUGCGAAUACACGGCACCGGCACCCGGCAAAUACAAAGUGAACACUACAUUCGCUGGUAGGCCUGUGCCCGGGUCACCCGUUGAGCUUAACGUCACCCCACCCGCCGAUGUGUCCAAAGUCAAAGUGGACGGACUCGAGACAAUGGUACUCAUCGACACAAUCAGGCAAUUCCGCGUACGGGUCGACCCAAGAGACAACCACAGCCAACCUACCAGUGCCCUCGAUUCGGACGAGUUAUCUGUGAUAAUAAGCACACCUGACGGACAGUCAUUCCUCCCGGCAAUCAUUCCUGAAACCGACCAACAAAGCGCCGGCUGUUUCCUAAUAAACUAUGUGCCCAACCAAGUGGGAGAUUAUGUGAUAACUGUGCUCUGGAACAGCAUAUACAUACCGGGCUCACCAUUCCGUGUCCGCGCGUACGGCCGCCGGGAUGUGAGCCNCAUUCCUGCCGACAAUCAUUCCCGAAACCGACCAACAAAGCGCUGGCUCAUAUACAUACCGGGCUCACCAUUCCGUGUCCGCGCGUACGGCCGCCGGGAUGUGAGCCAACUAAUCCGAGCUUACGGGCCGGGCCUAACUCACGGAACCAUUAGAAAAGUGGCCCAGUUCAUUAUAGACACUAAGAACGUACCCUUUGACUCCCCGCCCAUCGGAGGGCUAUCUGUCGUUAUUGACGGCCCGUCGCGGGCUUUGAUUGACUGCAGGGAUAACGGGGACGGGAGCUGUUCGGUGGCAUACCUGACCACUAGGCCGGGCAGGUACACGGUUCACGUUACCUCCGACGGCCACCAUAUCACUGGCUCACCAUUUACGUCAAUAAUGGGCACCGGAGUCACUUUGAAACAAAUACGGGUCUACGGUAUCGACGCGGACCAGUUCGUCAACUGUAUCAACUCAUUCAAUGUGAACGCCUCGGCCGUGGAUAAGGCGGGCGACGGAACGGUAGAGCCAACCAUAACGGGCCCCACCGGCAAGAAAGUGAGCUCUCAUGUCAAGAAUAAUAACGACGGCACCUAUAAAGUGACCUACAUACUUCCCGAUGAGGGCGACUAUAAGUUUGAUGUCAAGUUUGACGGUCAGCCCAUUCCCGGUGCGUCACCGGUAGCCGUGAAGGCCACCCACGGGGCCGACCCCAAGCGCGUGAAGGUGUACGGCCCCGGCAUUGAGAAGGGGUUCGUCCAUCAGCCCAAUCAGUUCACUAUUGAGACCAUAAACGCCGGUAACGGAGGUAUAGGGCUGUCAGUGGAGGGCCCCACCGAAGCUAAGGUCACUUGUAAGGAUAACCGGGACGGCACCUGUUUGGUAGAGUAUGUGCCCGAUGAGGGCGGCACUUACGACGUUGCCAUCAAGUUUGCCGAUCAAAAUGUACCUGGCAGUGUAUUCAAAGUACCGGUGCAAUCGGAAGUGGACUCCUCUAAAGUGACGGCUACCGGACCGGGCGUCGAUCCUAAUAAUUGUCGGGCGGCGCCUACACUACCCUUCAAAGUGAACGCCAAGCGGUCAGCUAAGGCGCCCCUCGAGGUAGAGGUGACGGGAGAUAAGGGACCCAUCGCUCAGAAACCGGAAGUGACGGACAAUAAGGACGGCACGUAUAGCGUGUCAUACGUACCGCCUCCUGAGGGCAGUAAAUGCGAUGUGAGUGUGAAGUACGGCGGCAAAGAUAUUCAGGGCAGUCCAUUUAAGAUGAAAGUGAAGAAGAAGUCGGAGCCGAAGAACGUGAAGCUCUCGGGUCCGGGUCUGGACAAGAAGGUGACCGCAUCCCUGCCCCAGGAGUUCACAGUGGACGCCAAGAGCGCCGGUCUCGGGGAACUGGACGUCCAGAUCCUGGGGCCCGACAAGAAGGCCAUGAAGUACUGGAAGACCGACUUCCACGACGGCACCUAUAAAAUCAGGUACUUGCCAGAGGAUGUCGGUGAGCACCAAAUAUCCGUCAAAUACGACGGUCAGGAGGUGUGUCCACCCAUUUCGGUGCAAAGCGAGCCCACGGGAGACGUGAAUAAAAUUCAAAUUAAAGGCAAAUUCAAAGACAAAUUGGCGCCGAAUGAAGAAUAUUGUGUAACCAUUGCGGCGGAUAAGGCGGGAGGCAAUGGAGACGUGACCUGUCGGGUGACCCGAACCCAGUCCUCAUCUGAGGUGUCCGAGUCGUCGACCGAGAGGUAUGAGACGACACCGGACGGCGGCACCAGAAUUAUUAAGACCACCAAAAAGGAGACCAAAACGGCCACCAGUCGCGAAGUGGCCGAUAAUAUUGACUGCAAGGUUGUGCCCAACGGCGACGGCACCUACAGUAUCAAGUAUAAAGUCCAGGAGCCCGGCGACUACACCAUCGAAGUGAAAUACGGCGGACAAGUCAUACCUAACGGUGUAUUCAAUUUUACGGUGAGUUAAGCGAUAAUUGAGGCCUUAUUUAGUCGGGAAAUGUAUGCGUUUUUCGGACACAAAUAUGUCUUUAAUUAUGAUUUUAAUUAUAAAUACAUUUUUGGAAAUAUAUUUAUUACGAUUAGCUUGCUAAUUGAUUAGUGAUAACCGCAUGCGAAUACAAUUAUAUUCUUUAAAGAAUAUUCUGUGUAUUACUCACAUAAAGCGCUUUUAUAUAUGAUUUUUAUAUAAUAUUUUAAUGAUGCCAUUAAUUGCUUGCGUUUUGAAAACUUUUUUAAUCCCAUUUUGCCAUUAAUUUGUUUGCUUUGAAACUCGGAUUAGAUUUUUGUGAAUCAUUUUUAAUUCAUUUAGAAAUAUGUGUUUGAUUUUGUCAUUUAGAUGUCUGACUGAUUGACUGACUGACUGUCCCCCUGGUGUGAGGGGGAAUGGGGUGUCAGUAGUAACCCGUAGCUGAUAAUCAAACUUAUAAUUAUAAAUACACUCAAUGUUUUUAACACGUGUUGUAUGACUGCCAACGACUACUUAUUUUACUGAUAAUUACCAUUAAUUCAAAUGUGAUGCUAUUAGUGUGCUAUUCGUGUAGUAUUUACUCAUAUUUGCCUAAUUGACACAAAAUAUAUCGUUUGAAAAUCUAUAACAAAAAUAUUUUGUAACAAAUCUCUACGAAAACUCAAUCCAUAAGUGAGUUUGUAAUUCAAAACUAAUUAUAUUUUCUCUCGGAAAACAACUUUUUGUUUCUAACGUUAUGUUUGCUUUUUAUUGACAUAAAAGCAUUCAAUUAAUGCCUGACUUUUGCCAACAAAAUACUCAUUUAUAUUCACAAAACAAAUUAUAAAUAAAUAAAUAGGAAAAACUUUUUUAUUAAGUUUAUUUGUUUUUGAAAAACGCAAAAGUUUUAUAAAAACUAAUUAAAUGCUUACGAAAAUUAUGUUCAAAGCUAUGGCACUAUAAAUACAAAUUUAUUCAAUUAUAAUUAUAUAAUUUUACACUAAAAAUUAUUAAUUACUUUAAAUUCUUACCCAAAGAAUAUUCUGUCACUUAAUAUAUCGCCAAUUAAUUCAUGAAAUAAUACACGUUUUAA